AUGGAUGCUUUCGACGACGUGCAAUGGAGGAGCGGCACCGAUGAUGACACAGACAACUCACGGCCCGCUACGUCUCACUCCGAAGACUAUGCCCAACAUACACUACACGAUGACGACGACGACGACGACAUGGCACCACAGGCCGGACCCAACGCUGAUGCCGUAGAUCUAGCUGGCGUAGGCGACGAAAAACUCAUCACAACUGUUGGGGACCCACAGACAGUGCACGACGGGACCAAGGAUGCAUUUGUUUCCUAUCUUGUCACGACCGACACCGACUUCAAGACCUUCCAACGCCACCACAUUACUGUCCGCCGGCGUUUCACGGACUUUGUCUUCCUGUACAAGGCGCUCUCGCGGGAGUUUCCGCAAUGCGCCGUCCCGCCGCUGCCGGACAAACACAAAAUGGGUGCGCUCAUCUCCAAGACCUUCCAAGCCACCGCUCCUCGCGCCGCGCCCACUGACUAUCUCCCAGAGUACGUCCGAGGGGACCGAUUUGGCCCUGACUUUACCUCGCGCAGAGCACACUCGCUGCACCGCUUCCUGAAGCGCCUCACGCAGCACCCCGAGCUCCGCAGAACGCCGCUGCUGUUUAUCUUUCUAGAGACGCCGGAUUGGAAUGCUCACAUGCGGAAGAGGCCCGCGAAGGGUGCUCCGGCCAGUGCUAAUGAUCAAGUUGGUGUGUUUGAGGGGUUGACAGACACAUUCUUGAAUGCUUUCAGCAAGGUGCAUAAGCCCGACCGGCGCUUCAUUGAGGUAAGAGAGCGCGCAGACAAGCUAGAUGAGGACCUCGGCCAUGUCGAAAAGAUCAUUACCCGUGUGGUCCGCCGCGAGGCCGAUUUGGAAUCAGACUACGCGGACCUAUCGAAGGAGUUCUUGAAGCUGGUGGACCUCGAGCCGGAGCUGGCGGGGCCCAUCGCGGUAUUUGCAGAUGCGGUGCAAGCGACAAGUACGGGAUUGAAGACGUUGAAGGAACACACGGAUCAGGACUACCUCGGCUCACUUAGGGACAUGGAAAGCUACAUCGUUGCUCUAAAGUCUCUUCUCAAGACCCGGGAGCAGAAGCAGCUCGACUACGAAGCGCUGACAGACUACCUCACCCGCGCCGCCGGGGAGCGAGACCAGAUUGCCUCUGCGCCCUCGGGAACCACGGGGCUAAGCGGGCCAACAGGAUUCCUGCGGUCCAAGAUCGAAGAUGUCCGCGGCGUGGACCACGAACAGAGCCGGCGCGACCGGAUACGGAAGCUCGAGAUGAAGAUUGAGGAGCUGACGCGGGAGAGCGAGAACGCGCGGAACGUGACGGAGAUGUUUGACGAGGAAGUGGUCAAGGAGGUGGCCAACUUUGAGAGGAUCAAGAGCAACGAAAUGAAGGAUACGCUGGGAGGGCUGGCGGCGGCGAAUGUGGACUUUUAUAAGGGCAUGAUUGAGACGUGGGAGCGGAUGCUGAUGGAGGUGGAGAACGAUGUGGUGGAGCAUGAGCAGCAGCAGCAGCAGCAGCACCACCGUGCGGUCUCGCCAUAG